AUGUCUAGCGACGAGGCCACGGAAGCGCUGCUGCUCUGCUACUUGGACGGGAACAAACUCAUCUUUAGAUAUCUCCGUCGCAACGCAGGAGCAGACAACAGCUCUAGCUUCGCGACCAUCAGCAAGCCGUACCCGCUCAACUUGAGCAAUUCGCUAUACAGCUUGAUCCCGGGCUACCGGCCUUCGUGGCCCAUGGUCAGCUACAAUGAAAAUAUAGAGAUCAAGUCCACCGGCGCUCUGACCUGGCAGGAUGGUCUCGCCCAGCUGCAAAUGAUCAUCGUUGUCAGCCACGGCCAGCAGAGCAACGAUGCCUCGAACCCGCGAUACAAGGCCUUUGUGCUGGAGCUUACUCCGAGUCUGGACAUCUGCUCCGCUGCGUGCCUGCCCGCGGGGACUGAGACGGGAUCAGCUACUGACUGGGCCAACCAGCCCUGGUCCGCCGGCGUCAAGCAGGACGACUUCUCACACAUGUCUGCGAGCAUCCUGACCGUCAACGGCCGGCUGUUCGCCACGGCCUCGCCCUUCUUCCAGCCCAUCGAGCACAACCUGCUAGUUCCUGACGCCAACGACCCGUAUCGCGUACUCGCUUAUGACGAAAGCAAGUGGCCCAGGGCCGACGACCGCUUUGCCGCACUCUGCUGCCGCAAAGACUCCGGUGACCGUGACUUCUCCGUGCCAGCACGGGGCGGGGCCGCGUACUUGGCCGGCUACCGUCCGUCCGCCGACUGGUUCGCCUCGCCGAUGUCGAUUCCAAACGGACCACAAGUAGACAACAGAGGCACAGGAAACGUCGGACCGCAGCAGCUCAUCUACCUGGACAACUCGACUACCGUCUUUGCGCUGUAUACCCCGUUCCCAGAUGACAACAGCGGCCUGGGCUCAUCAAGAGUCAUCACGCUCGGCUUCACCAGCGCCACCGCCAUGGGCAGGCUCACCUCCACCUCGACGGACACGCGGUGGUCCCUCCUCAACAUCACCUCGGGCAGCCACGGCUUCCGGGCGGCCUGUGCCGUCGCCGUUCAGCCACCCGACUCGUCUGCUCCGCCGCUCCUUUACAUCUUCGCCGUCGAUUCCAACGACUACAACCAGGGCCGGCUGUGGUACAUGACGCUGCCCCUGUGCGGCUACGACUCCAUGUACGGCCACCCGAAGCUAGAGCCGGGAACCACCACCAUUGACGUGUCCGCCCAGGCCGCCAGCAACGGCUUACAAUGGAUAGACGGCAUUUCUCCCCAGCCCAUAAACGCCGAACCGACAAGACCACUCAAGGUCGUCCGCUACGGCAACUCUCUUGGUGUUUUCCACCAGGCCGGUGGUGAGAUUCGGUUGCUCAGACUCGACCUGCAAAAGGAUGGCACCCUUACUGACCCUGCCUACCCCCAAUUUAAACACAUGUAUCGUCAGUAUACCAAAGUCACGUCUGAGAAUUCGGCGUUGCUGGUAUCUGCUUGCGCCAUGCCCCUAAAGUUUUGCAACCGCUUUGUUUAA